CUUCGCGUCAGUGAGCGUCGGUUCAGUCUGGUUCCGCUGCCACACUGACCACAUACAGUCUGUCAGCGAACCGCAGGUGCGAGUUUACAGUACCGCAUGUUGCCAGCCCACCACCCUGGACUUUUAACCUAAUCUUUCUCUGAGUGUUUAUAGUAUUUUCACCAUGUUGUGGACGGCGAACACGAUUAUGAGGAAAUUCUCCUCGAGCUCUGCUUACUACCAAAACAAGCUGAAGCUGGCCUUGAUUGGCCAGAGCCUGUUUGGACAGGAAGUGUACACGAACCUCCGCAAGCAGGGCCAUAAAGUGGUGGGUGUAUUCACAGUUCCUGAUAAGGACGGCAAGGCGGACCCCCUGGCGGUGGUGGCGGAGAAGGACGGGACGCCGGUGUUUAAGUUCCCACGGUGGAGGGUGAAGGGUAAGCCCAUCCCAGAGGUGGUGGAGGCGUACAAGGCGGUGGGCGCUGAACUGAACGUCAUGCCCUUCUGCUCCCAGUUCAUCCCCAUGAACGUGAUCGACUUCCCCAAACACGGCUCUAUCAUUUACCACCCCUCCAUCCUGCCUAGGCACCGAGGUGCCUCCGCCAUUAACUGGACACUAAUCGAGGGUGAUAAGAAAGCAGGAUUUAGUAUAUUCUGGGCUGAUGAUGGUUUGGACACCGGCCCCAUCCUGCUGCAGAAGGAAUGUCCAGUUGAGCCCAAUGACACAGUGGACACACUUUAUAACCGCUUUCUGUUUCCAGAGGGAAUCAAGGCAAUGGUAGAAGCUGUUCAGCUCAUUGCAGACGGCAAAGCUCCCAAGAUCCCUCAGUCUGAAGAAGGAGCCAGCUAUGAGGGAAUCCAAAAGAAAUCCAAUGCAAAGGUGAAUAUGGCUCAGCCAACAGAGGUCAUCCAUAACUGGAUCCGUGGUCAUGAUAAAGUUCCGGGUGCCUGGGUUGUUAUUGAUGGAAAGCCAGUAACGCUGUACAGCUCAUCGAUGCUGAGCGGGUCAGUGCCCACAGGUCAGCCAAUCGAGGUGGAAGGGGCAUCUCAGCCUGGACUCAUUGCCAAAUCUGGGCUUAUUCUGUUCGGGACUGAUGGAAAAGCGCUCCAGGUAAAGAACCUGCAGUUUGAGGAUGGAAAGAUGAUUCCUGCAUACAAAUACUUCUCAUCAGAGGAGACUGCCAGUCUGGAUCUCACAGAUGAUGAGAAGAAAAUGGCAGAGGAGAUCAGGGUGAUCUGGAAAGGUAUUCUGAGUAAUGUUCCAGUUAUUGAUGACACGACUGAUUUCUUUAAGUCUGGAGCUGCUUCUAUGGAUGUAGUCAGAUUGGUAGAGGAGCUGAAGCAGAAAUGUGGAGGAGUUCAGCUUCAGAAUGAGGACGUCUACAUGGCCACCACCUUCCAGAGCUUCAUCCAGAUGUUCGUCCGCCGCCUGCGCGGAGAAGACCAGGAGGAGGAGCUGGUCAUUGAUUACGUGACAAAAGACAUCAAUAACAUGACAGUGAAGAUGCCCUAUCAGUGUUUUAUCAACGGCAAGUUCGAAGAUGCCGAAGAUGGAAAGACAUACAACACGGUGAACCCAACGGAUGGCUCGGUGAUCUGUAAGGUUUCAUAUGCAUCUGUGGCAGAUGUGGACAGAGCGGUUAGUGCAGCCAAAGAGGCCUUUGAUAAUGGACCUUGGGGUAAGAUGAACCCUCGUGACCGCGGACGGCUGCUCUACCGCUUGGCUGACCUGAUGGAGGAACACCAGGAGGAGCUGGCCACUAUUGAGACGAUUGACUCUGGUGCCGUUUAUACUCUGGCUUUGAAAACACACGUCGGCAUGUCCAUUCAGACGUUCAGAUACUUUGCUGGCUGGUGUGACAAGAUCCAGGGCUCAACGAUACCCAUCAAUCAGGCCAGACCCAAUCGCAACCUCACCUUUACAAAGAAAGAGCCUCUGGGUGUGUGUGCCAUAGUGAUUCCUUGGAAUUACCCACUUAUGAUGUUGGCAUGGAAGAGUGCAGCCUGUCUGGCGGCAGGAAACACACUCGUCUUGAAACCCGCUCAGGUAACCCCACUAACUGCGCUGAAGUUUGCUGAGUUGACAGUCAAAGCUGGCAUUCCCAAAGGAGUUAUCAACAUUGUACCAGGAUCAGGUGGUCUGGUCGGGCAGAGGAUGUCUGAUCACCCUGAUAUCCGUAAGCUGGGUUUCACAGGAUCUACUCCCAUUGGCAAACAAAUCAUGAAAAGCUGUGCGGUCAGUAAUUUGAAGAAGGUUUCUCUGGAGCUGGGCGGCAAAUCUCCCCUCAUCAUCUUCAGCGACUGUGACAUGGACAAAGCAGUGAGAAUGGGCAUGAGUUCUGUUUAUUUCAACAAGGGUGAAAACUGCAUCGCUGCAGGCCGGCUGUUUGUUGAGGAGUCCAUUCAUGACGAGUACAUCAGAAGAGUGGUUGAAGAAAUCAAGAAGAUGAAGAUUGGAGAUCCUUUGGAUCGUUCCACAGAUCACGGACCUCAGAACCACAAAGCCCACCUGGACAAACUGGUGGAGUACUGUGAGAUCGGCGUUAAGGAGGGGGCAACGCUUGUCUACGGUGGGAGACAGGUGGACAGACCAGGCUUUUUUAUGGAGCCCUCAGUCUUCACAGACGUAGAGGACCACAUGUUCAUUGCCAAAGAGGAAUCAUUUGGCCCUGUUAUGGUGGUAUCCAAAUUCAAAGAUGGUGAUGUAGAUGGAGUUCUGAGCAGAGCCAAUAACACAGAGUUCGGCCUGGCCUCUGGAGUCUUCACCCGGGACAUCAACAAGGCCAUGUAUGUGAGCGAGAGACUGGAGGCGGGAACUGUGUUCGUUAACACCUACAACAAAACCGAUGUGGCGGCUCCAUUUGGAGGCUUCAAACAGUCCGGCUUUGGGAAAGACCUUGGUGAGGAAGCCCUGCAUGAGUACCUAAGGACUAAAGCUGUGACAGUGGAGUAUUGAUGAAACCUGUGGUGGAGAAGACUGCAUGCCCCGUGACUGCAGCUCAAAGUGGCUGGAUUGUCUCAAUGCAGGUUUAAUAGAAAAAGCAUUUCCUGCCAUGACUAUACUGAUGUGCCUACUUUUUUUUUUACUGGAAAUGUUUGGAAUAGGACAAAUGGAAAAAUGGCAAAAGACCUCCAAGUGAACCCGAGGACACAGGAUCAAUCACAAAUCAGAUCAAGCAUUGUUUUUAAUUAGCAGACACUGAAAUAUCAUACUGAGGUGAAGUGAAUCAUCAAAAAAAAAAUUUUACACUAUAAUGAUCUUGAGCAUUUCCUAACCAUGUUUCCAGUGACAAGUAAUUUGUCUGUCCACACGGAGUGUGAAACUGCUGCAUGGUGAUUUUGCUGUGACGCUGAAACAAAGAUAGAAACCAAGUAACCAACAAAAUGUCCUGUCGCUCAUCAUAUCACAACUGGUUAGGACGAAACUGUUCAUUUACCGUUUAAAGUUUGGGGUCAGUAAGAUUUUUUUUAUGUCUGGUGCUGACCAAGGCAUUAGAUUUCUGUCAUAUGUACAUCAGUUUGACUUAGUCAUCACUGAAAACAUACUACUAAAUAUAUUGUAGAAACUUAUUUACUGUAUUGUGGCAUUGCAUCUGAAUUGAAUUUGACCAAAAAUACUGUAAGAACAGUAAUGUUGUGAAAUAUGAUCACAAUUUAAAAUGUGUUUUCUGUCAUUUAUUCCUGUGAUGCAAAGUUACAUUUUCAGCAAAUCAUUCUGAUAUGCUGAUUUUAUAAAUUUCUUAUUAUAAAUUGUUGAAAAUAGUUGUUCUUAAUUGUUUUGUGGAAACAGUGAUACUUUUUUCAGGAUUCUAUGAUGAAUAGAAAGGUUUUUUUGUAACACCAUGUCUUUACGGUAAUUUUUCAUCCAUUUAAUUUAUCCUUCAUGAAGAAUAUUCUUUUCUAUAUAUAUAUAUAUUUAAAAGAAAAUACUGACCCUAAACUUUUAAAUGGUGGUGUUUGUGGCUUAAGUGGAUUAAACCAAUUGCGCGCACACACACACACACACACACACACAGGUAUAUUAAAACCAUGACAUCACUGCCACUUAAUGAAAUCUGUAUUACCAUAUUUGUACAUCCCAAGGGAUUUUAAUACGCAUAGCAUUUACACAGCACUCCUUUUUAUUAGAAUAACUGUAUAUAUUGUAUCAGAGGAUAUGACAACUUGUCUUAUAUAUUUAAUUUUGCAUUCCAGACAGAUUAUUGGAAAGGGAAACAAUAUAAACACACUAUUCUUUCUGAAAGUAUUUAUUUUGUACAAAAAUAUCGGUUAUGCUUUAUAGUAGCUUACUCUUGAAUUCAAUACAAUGUGAAGUAUUCUGACACAUUCUCUGUUAAAAUGACUGAAAAUAUCUGUUGCCCAAUGUUUACUGAAGAUUUGUGAUGCUUUUGUUAUGCAUACCAUGAACACUUCAAGCAAUGAUACGCAUUUGGUAAAAGAUGAAAUGUUAUCAUAUGCAGAUGUUAAUAUGAGUAUUUCAGGAUCUGUUUAAGCUGUCAGUCAUACUGAAAGUGUCAUAUUGCCAAACAGUUUUACACACAACAGUAUUUCAACUUUAUAUCAACUACAUACACAAUGUAAGGAGCGUCAGGAAACCAUUUUUACAAUAAAGAAUGUAAAUUGCAA